CAAGAACCCAAGAUGAACAACAGCAGAGAAGAUGAAGAGCAUGGUAAACUCUUCCCCAACGGAGAGGAGAAUGUAACAUCUCAAACGCCCCUCCUCGGCUCUAAAAGAGCACAGGACAAUAUGGGCAGGAUCAUGAGUACCAAUUUCAGUGCGCUGACAGCUGGAUUCAAUGACGCCGCUCUAGGAGUCCUGAUCCCUUAUAUCCAACUGACCUACCACGUCGGCCUGCUUCAGGUCUCUAUGAUCUACCUCGUCAACUUCAUAGGGUGGCAACUGGCCUCCUUCACCAACAUCCACAUUUGCUCACAUAUCGGCACCGGCGGCACCCUGGUCGUUGGAGCCACCAUCCAAUGUAUCGGCUAUGCGCUAAUGUUCUGGGCCCCCCCGUUCCCCCUCUUUGCAGCCGCCUUCUUCUUCACGGGCUGCGGCGUGGCCCUACAGGAUGCGCAAAUGAACACCUACACGAUCACUGUGCAAGACGCCCACCGGUGGCUCGGGAUAUUGCACGCGGUGUACGGGGUCGGCACGAUCCUGGCUCCAUUGAUCGCCAACACCAUCGCGGCGCGCACUCCGUACUGGCAGCACUACUACCUCGUCACGAUGGUGGUCGGCGCCGUGAAUCUCUCGUUUCUGGCUUGGACGUUCCGACAGGGCCUGUUCCAACCCAAUAACAGCAGUGCCAAAGGCAGCGCCGCUCGCGACCUUAGAGCGACGUUGGCAAACCGGGCAGUUUGGAUUCUAAACGGUUUCUUCUUUUUGUAUGUGGGCGCGGAGGUCACGGCGGGUGGAUGGCUUGUCCAAUUUCUCGUUUCAGUGAGACAUGGUGAUCCCGAGAAAGUGGGUUAUAUAGCAUCUGCGUUCUGGGCUGGCUUUACCAUUGGACGAGUGGCUUUGGCAGAUGUCACGCACAAGUUUGGCGAACGACGGAUGGUUUUCGUCUAUAUGACAUUGGCUAUCGCUCUACAGUUGGUAUUUUGGCUAGUGUCUAGCAUGACGGUCAAUGCUAUUACGGUGUGCUUCCUGGGGUUUUUCAUCGGGCCAUGCUAUCCGGUCGGACUUUACAUUCUUACCAAGGUGAUACCACAAGACCUGCACGUGGGAGCCAUGGGUUUUACUGCGAGUUUUGGACAGGCAGGAUCUGCCGCUUUCCCAUUCAUGACGGGCGCCAUAGCCUCGCGAGCUGGAGUCCAAGUCCUGCAGCCGAUCAUGGUGGGGUUGCUUGUUGGAGUUGUCGCCUUCUGGUCCUUGGUUCCUAGACACAGUUCGAGGAGUGCUUGA